AUGGCCUCGAAAAAGGGCCUUCCAGUCGAAAUCUUCCUACAAAUAUAUGGUUACUUGGGGCCAAAAGACUUCAACGCUGCUCGGCGUACAUGCCAAGCGUGGAUGAAGGCCAGUCUGGAUAGGAAACUGCUCACGGUAAUGCUAGAAAGAGGUGGCUGGACAAAUGUGGAUACCAGCAGAGAAUGGCAGUGGCUCAGCUGCCAACUUGCCAGAGAGUGUGCCUUGGCCCCAGGCCGGGCCGGGUUGGAAACAGAGCCAAUAUUCACAAAGAGCUCCGAGGUGGAUUUCACCAGGCUGCAGAGCAACAGCCAACCCGGUGGUCAAUUAUUCUUCACCACCAGCAUCUGCUCGCGCUUCCUGUGCGUAGCCCAGGGAGCGCUGAUCCACAUUCACCAAUUCGACGCUGGCCGUCCGGUAUACAUGGCAAGCGUCCAGUGCAAAGGACGAGUAUUUGCCCUCACCAUGGGCCUAUAUGGCGGUAGAUACGCCAUCGCUGCCAUCCUGGAACACAGAAUGGGCAUGGUGCAAAAACUUCCAGAAGAGUUAUUUGGCCAUGGCCCACAGGAGCAGCAGCAGUAUCGUACGCGGUUCAACACAAUUCAUAUCCAGUCCAACAGCGAGAGGAUAAUCAUCAUGGGCACCAACAACAGCACCCUGUAUGAGCACAACUUGAUCAACCCGACAUGGAAUUUGAUCGAAAACAACUCGACAAUUUACAGAGACCUGGGCUCCAACAAUGACCCACCGCUCAGCGUUUCUCUCUGCCCCAAAAACCAGUGUGUAAUUUUUGGCUGUGCAGCAAGCCUGGACAUACAAUGGAUCGAUGGAGCCUCAGGCCAGAGCCUACAUCGCUGGGUUCCCAUGACCGCCCCAAGCGACCACAUCUACGUCCUCGCAUCACGGCCAGGACACGAAUCAUCAUCAUCAGACACACUCCGUAUUCUCUCCAGUGUCGUCCACCCGGACAACCGCCCUUGGAUCAAACGCAGACUCCUUCUCAACAGGCUCUACUGCGCCUACAGACUCAAAUCUGCCCACAAGGCCUGCGAAUGCUACCACUGCAUCCCGCUAAGCGACGGCUACCACAUACUCUUUGUCGACUCCGCCAGCAACCGCCUCGGCCUAGGCACUACGGAGCUCGUCGGCCGCACCACAAAGUUGGUUCGUAAAAUCGAUUUCAUCCCUGCGACAAACGGGGCACGACCGAGGCUCUACUGCGCUGCAGCAGACAUGUCGCAGGGCGCACGUGUAGCGGCCGUCUACGGCGACACCGUCAUGUUAUACUCUGUCCCACCGGACGUAUGCCGCUUUGCUCCCGACCAGGACCAAAUAGAUUGCCCGCUGCAACAGGGCAACAACCACUGGCUCGACUGGUGGCAUGAGCCGCGUGCCAACGACGAGACUGCCGCGCUGCCUCAUCAGAGUCGCGCCAUGUGGCCACUUUCCUUACACGGGACGCGCAUAACUGCAAUGGCGAAUGUUUGCGAGAUUUCUGUGCAGACACACCCGUGCCUUUCUAUCACGGUGUUUACGGACGCGGCCAAGUGCGAGGUUUGGAAAUUUCCCAAGGGUGAAAGAGACAUUUGGGGUGGACAAGGUAGUGGUGUGUGUGAGCAAGGGCUUGCUGAAUCAGGUUUUUGUACUACUAGGCUAAGGAUUUUGUAA